GUGCUGACACCGCAUCCACCACCGAGGCUCCAGUCAUUGUAAUUCCUCCUCGUAAUACAAGUGUGGCAGCUGGGAGUAAUGAAGCCGUCCUGGAAUGUGUGGGCAAUGGCAGGCCCGCUGAGAAAUUAAGCAUCGCCUGGAAGAGGAAUGGAAUCAAAAUAACCAGUGGAGUUAGCACUUUUGGGAGACGUCUUUCUAUUGCCAACCCAACCUCUGCUGACAUUGGGAUGUACGUCUGCGAGGCGCAGUUGAGAGACAGCCCUGUUGCGCCAGAGAGAGCAAAGGCUUUCCUGUCUAUCCUGGGUAAGGCGGCUUUCUCAUAACGCGAGCCUUGAACCAAAGUACAAUAGGAAAUAGAAGUGGUUGUUUUAAUAUUCCCCUGACCUCCGAGUUGAACUUCUCUGCUGCAAAUAGAACAAAGUGGGUGAAGUAGGACUAUCUUCAAAAUUAAUUCAGCUGUUUCUCUUUAUGAAUACCAAUCCAUCAAGUGUAUUAUUUUUCCUGACGUUGGUGUUAUGCAGAAUACUUUGUGAAUCUGAAACUGUGAUCAUGAAACUGGAAGAAACGUACUUGGUAAAAUAUUAAUCAGUCAGCUCAUAUGUCAUACUUUCAAGCUGUAUCAAUCCAAUACUCAUUGUUAUCACAUUCAUGGGGAAGAUUUUGGAAAUGUCUUUGUGCGUAUACAGUGGGCC